AGAGCGACACGCUCGAGAUCCAGCUGCGGAAGGAUAGACAGAGAGAGAGAGAGAGAGGGAGAUGUCGUGGUUGUAAAAUAAAUGAAGGCAGGAAGAACGAAUAUAUACAAUAUUAACUGCAUCACCCGGGAUAACGCGGAUUUAAAAAAAAAAAAAAAAAAAAUCAUGGUUUAAUUCGGUUGGGAUUAUGAGGAUGCUUGGAAUUACCGGCGCUUUAAGAUUGUGAACUAGUCUGGACCUCUGAUAACCUCCUGAUCUUGCAAUUUUUCAAGCAUUAUUAUUUAUGCUUUCUUUUUAUUUUUAAGUCUGUCUACAUUAUAUAUACUUAUUUUUGUUUCCCCCCCCCCAAAUGUCGCGUAUCCUCCAGUAUUUUUUCAUGCCCUCAUAUCCCGCGUGACCGAACCCCGGUGGGUGGAUAGAUUUGUGAAGAGCUUCAGUGAAAAGCUGCUUGAUCUUCUUCAAACUGAAGCGCAUCAUCAUGGACGGCGAACUUCAUUCGUACCUAAAAAACGCAUCCGGCACUGUCGAAUAACUGCUGCUGUCAGAGAGAUCAGGACAAAUGACAUAGGAUGAACACUGCUGCCCAGCUGUGUCUGUGUUUGCUGUCGUCCCUUCUCACCCUGGCCUGGGUGGCAGUGCCGCUGUGCCAGGCUUCCCCCUGCUCUUCUCUUGUGGCAGGGGUGUUGUACGGCUCCUUUUCGCUCAGGGACCUUUUCCCCGGCCCACAUGGCCUAAGAACUGGCUGUUCGUGGACCGUGGAGAACCCUGAUCCGACCAAGUACACCCUCUACUUCCGUUUCAACCGCCACGCCGGCUUUUGCCUAGCAUUCUCACCGCUAGUCUUGCCCCUGGACCACUACCUUGCCAACCAGACCUGUGGGCAAGCGCUGCCCGACCCGGAAUCCGUUGAGCCGUGCCAGGUGCCUGGUCCACAUGCUUUCCUGCAAUUCGAUAAGAACUUUGUGCAGUUGUGCCUCGCUGCAGAGACCAAACGUGAUGCAAAUGAAGCGACGGGACCUCUGUCCGCUGAAACGCUGGAUUUCAGGCUUGUGGAAGUUCUGCUGAUCAACAAUGAGAAUUCUAGCCAGUUCACGUGUGGCGUGCUGUGCCGCUGGUUUGAGGAGUGCCUCCGUUCCGGCUCUGGUAAAGAGAGCGAAGGUUGUGGAAUCACCCAGACUGGGUGUGUUUGCCCUAAUGCUGGUCCUCCAGUGCCGAUACUGCCUGCUACCCCACACAACCACUCUCUGGACCCCAGUGCCAGUGUGCUGCUGCCACCCACUGAUGACUGCUGCGUCACCCAACUGCACGGCAAGACCGGGAUCUCCAACAUUGCACCCAGAGACGUCCAUCAAGACUUUGACGAUGAUGAGCUGAAGGUGAAAACCCAGAGGCCGAGAUCGGCAGACCAGCCAGGAGUGUUCCAAGCCCAAACAGGUGAUCCAGCAGCCGAGGAGUGGUCUCAGUGGAGUGUGUGUUCACUGACAUGUGGGCAGGGUUGGCAGGUGCGUACCCGUUCCUGUGUGUCCUCUCCGUAUGGCACACUAUGCAGCGGGCCGCUGAGAGAGACACGCCUCUGCAACAACACUGCCACCUGCCCAGGUGAGCCACAGCAUCAAGCAGUGGAGGGGCAGUGGUUGGAUUGGGCUCCUUGGUCUCGUUGUUCAGUAUCAUGUGGGACUGGCACUCAGCAGAGGCAGAGACGUUGCAGUGUGUCUGUACAUGGCUGGGCCGAGUGUAAAGGCCCACACUCUGAAACAAGGGAGUGCACUAACCGGCCUUGCGAUGGAGGUGGAAACUGGGGAGCGUGGAACCAGUGGAGUCUGUGCUCAAAGACAUGCGAUUCAGGCUGGCAGCACCGCUUUCGGAUGUGUGAAGGCACAGGAAUCCAGAAUUACCCCUGUGAUGGAUCAGGGGAGGAAGUGCGCUCCUGCAAUGACAAGAAGUGCCCAGCACCUCAUGAGAUAUGCAAAGAUGAGUACCAAGAUUUAUUGACGUGGAAAAGAGCUUCAGCUGGAGAGACGGUCUACAACAAAUGUCCAUCAAAUGCCACUGGAUCUGCUAGUCGUCGAUGUUUGCUGGACGCUAAUGGAGUUGCUUACUGGGGUCCUCCGAGCUUCGCCCGAUGCAUCUCACUUGAAUAUAGAUAUUUACAUUUAUCUUUACGAGAGCAUCUUGCGAAGGGUCAGAGGACCCUGGCAGGGGAGGGCAUGUCUCAGAUCGUGAGGAGUCUCCUGGAGUUAAUGUCCCGCCACAGCUAUUAUAGCGGUGACCUCUUAUUCUCCGUGGAGAUUCUCCGAAAUGUGACGGACACCUUCAAGCGAGCAACCUACAUCCCAGCUCCCGACGACGUGCAGAAAUUUUUCCAGAUAGUCAGCUUAAUGUUGGACAUGGAUAAUCUUCAAAAAUGGGAAGAAGCUCACCAGGUCUCUCCAGGCGCCACGCUGCUAAUGCGAGUUGUGGAAGACUUCAUUCAUCUCAUCGGCGAAGCGCAAAAGCCUUUCCAAAGCUUUCUUGCUGUCACCACUAACCUCAUUAUCAACAUCCAGCGAGAGCCAGUGUCAGCUGUUUCCAGUGAUAUUAACUUUCCUAUGAAGGGCAGGAGAGGGAUGAAGGACUGGGCACGCUCAGCUGAAGACAAGCUCUUUAUCCCUAAAGAGGUCUUCAGUCUAUCCUCUGAUGAAUCGGAUGAGGCUUCCUACUUCGUCAUCGGAGCCAUUCUUUACCGCACCCUUGGCUUUAUUCUACCACCACCAAAAGAUCCACUGGUGAUCAGCUCCAAAAUCUUAACCGUCACAGUGCGUCCUUUACCCAAACCCACCGAGCCUGUCGUAGUGGUGGAACUGGCACCUCUGCUGAACGGCACAUCACAGCCACAGUGUGUUGUAUGGGAUCACACCAGCCCAGAGGCUGGUGAGGAAAACUGGGACGCAGAAGGCUGCAAAACACUCCCGUCGCCCGCCGUUCACACUAAAUGCCUCUGCAGCAAGAUCUCAACCUUUGCAGUGUUAGCACAGAAAGCUAAAGACCCGGAUAUGGGAACAUCCAGCUUGCCCUCAGUACCCCUUAUGGUAGGCUGUGGGGUUUCCUGCAUGGCUUUGAUCAUCUUGCUGGUCAUCUACGCUGCCUCCUGGAGGUACAUCCGCUCUGAGAGGUCCAUCAUUUUAGUGAACUUCUGUCUGUCCAUACUGGCCUCUAACAUACUUAUACUAGUGGGACAAUCUCAGACUCUCAGCAAGGGGCUGUGCACUGUGACUGCUGCCUUUCUCCAUUUCUUCUUUCUGGCCUCUUUCUGCUGGGUUUUAACAGAGGCAUGGCAGUCUUACCUUGCUGUUAUUGGCAAGAUAAGGACACGCCUCAUUCGCAAGCGUUUUCUGUGCCUGGGUUGGGGUCUGCCAGCGCUGAUUGUUGCUGUAUCUGUAGGAUUUACCAGAGCUCGAGGCUACGGCACAACAAACUACUGCUGGCUGUCUCUGGAAGGAGGUCUCCUCUAUGCGUUUGUUGGUCCUGCAGCUGUCAUUGUUUUGGUGAACAUGCUUAUUGGGAUCGUGGUCUUCAACAAGCUCAUGUCGAGAGAUGGCAUCUCAGACAAAUCCAAAAAGCAAAGAGCGGGUCCAUCGCUGGAGGCUCGUAGCAGACUGCUCCUCCAGUGCUCCAAGUGUGGGGUGAUCACCAGCACCGCUCUGUCCAGCUCCACCGCCAGCAGCGCCAUGACAUCACUGUGGAGCUCAUGCGUCGUUUUGCCAUUACUGGCACUCACAUGGAUGUCAGCGGUGUUAGCCAUCACGGAUCGGCGCUCCACACUCUUCCAGGUGCUCUUCGCGGUCUUCGACUCAGUCCAAGGCUUCGUCAUCAUCACCGUUCACUGUGCCAUGAGGCGGGAGGUACAGGAUGCUGUGCGAUGUAGGAUGGGUGGAUGUAAGGACGACAGUGAAAACUCGCCAGACUCCUGCAAAAACGGCCAGGUGCAGAUCAUGACCGAUUUUGAGAAAGAUGUGGACCUGGCAUGUCAAACAGAGAGAGGACAUCCAUUCAUCUUCAAGGAGGUGAACACGUGCAACCCAGCUAGCAUCACAGGCACACUGUCACGCAUUUCACUGGAUGAUGAGGAUGAUCCUAAGUUAGCCACGCAUCAAGAAGGCCUCAACUUCAGCAGUCUGCCUGGCAAUAUCCCUCCACCGAACCUCCUGGCACAGGUGCCAACUCUGGGCACGUUAAACGAACUUAAUGAGACACCCCGGAAAAAGGAGGUCAACAUGGAACAGCAGGGUCAGCACCAACGUUCUGCACCAGUUUACUUGUGCACGGAGAGUGCUCUGGGUUGGGCACGGUCAUCUACUGCCACUGACCCAACCAGCAGUAUAGGUGGUGGUGAAGGGGACUACAUGGUACUACCACGGCGGACGGUCAGCCUCAAGCCCAAUCCGAUGCAGGAAGAGGAAAAGCCUCUCAAUAUCAGCGUGGAAGACCCACCUUUUCCUCCGCCCCCUUCACCAAUGACCCUGCACCCGGCCGAGAGCGAGCCGUACCCAGCGGACUUUGCCACUGUGGACCAUGUUGGUGUAGGUCUGAACCGAUCCUAUGGUACUGUCAAGCAGGUACCCGGCCUCGCCAGUGCCCGCACGCUGCAGGUGAAGCCAAGCCGACCAUCCAUCAGGCAGAUCUUCACUUCCAGCAAGGCAGAACGCACCCGGACCCUGCCCCGCAAUUUGGGCAGUGCCAAUGCCAAUGUCUCAGCUGGCUCCCUGGAAAGGAAAAGAGUACGAUACUCUGAGCUGGACUUUGAGAAAGUGAUGCACACUCGCAAAAGACACUCAGAGCUCUACCAUGAACUCAACCACUCCACCAAGUUCCACACCAUAGAUAGGUAUAGCAGGGAUGCUGCCAUGGCCAAGUUUAAGGACAAGGCCACAGCAGAUGAGAAGCAAUCCUGGGACAGCUUUAAGACAAUGACAACUGAGCCAUCAUCGGGCUCUGGGGGACAAAAAUUGGAUCGAGUGGAGCUGCACAGUAAAGCUUGGGAUGCUUCUCCAGCAAACACUCCAGACACGUCUGAGGGAGACUUCCAGACUGAAGUGUAAAAAAAAAAAGAACACACACAGAGAAAUGGAAUGAGAUUUACCAAAAGGAGAAUCUAUCAAAGGAUUAUACAUUUGUUUACGAGAAUAGACCAUUGAAAAAAAAAAAAAAAAAAGACUUCUAUAUUUUCACAUGGACACUUUCAGUGAAUGAAAAUGGGGCUCGGAGAGUAUAUGGGAGAAUUUUUAACAAACUGUUUCUGAAAUGUAUUGAUUUUACUCUGGAAAGGAUUCUCUUUCACACAUUUGGAAAUUUGAAAAAAAAAUAUUUCUGCACCAUCCUUUUUAUAGAGAUAAAAAAAAAAAAAUUACCCCCUUUCUCUUGUUUCACAGACUGAUCGGCACCAUAGGGUUCUGUUCAACAUUUAUGUCCUGUCUUUCCUAAUAAAUGACUCUGUAUUUGGAGGAAGGGGGGGGGGGGGGAGGUUUAACACGAUUCAUUAAUAGGAUCAAGAAUCAAACCACUUUUGAACUUGUCAUUUUUAUUUCGGUUUUCCCAACGUUGUUUAAUUCAUUUGCUUAAA